CGCAUGCACUGACGACACGGCCCAUGUUGAUGCUAGUCAGUUGUCGGUCUUCAUAGUCUGUCGCAGUCGCUGUUGCUAACUGAUCGUGUUGUUUUUGCACAAAAUUUACACAAUGGUCUCCAUUUCUCAACAACAAGAUUCAGCCAGUUCCAGAAUUCUAAGACACCCGGAAGAAUAUGACGAUAAAAUUCCAAAUGUAACGCUAGCCCAGUUUGUCGUGGACAGGAUGCGUGAAUUCGGAGACGACGUAUCCUGCAUUGAUCCAGAGACGAAACGCACGCUGACGUACAAUGAAAUUGCCGACAGCACCUUGGCAUUGGCCGCUGGAUUUCAACUGAAAUUCAAUCUCAAACCGGGAGACAUGGUAGCUGUUGCUUUACCCACGUGUUUGGAGUACUCCAUUACAACCUUGGCAUUGAAUUUGUGCGGAGCGACAUCCACUUUAAUCAAUCCGGCUCAAACAAUUUCUGAAUUGACACAUUGCGUCCAGUUGACAAAACCUACAUUAUGGAUUGGGACGGAUAGCUUUGACAGUAAAUUCAAUCAACUCUAUCCGCAAGUUGCCACCAGGCCGCCAAUGAUUUUAUUGGGAUCAGCGAAUCGUGAUGGCACCAACUGGGAAGAUCUAUUGACAUCCGGACGCGGAAAAACCGUUCAAUCGGUGGGGAACAAUCCACUAGAAUUGGUGGCUUUCAUCCUGUUCUCAAGUGGGACAACGGGCGUCCCUAAAGGCGUCGCACUUACGAAUUUGAAUUACGUCGUAACAAGACGACAAAGCCAAGAAACUACAAAAUACCUGAUACGAAAUCCUGAUGACGUCACUUUGUUUUUCAUGCCAUUGUAUCAUGCGGCCACACUCAACGGCCUUUUUGAAUGUUUCAUGCGCGGUCUUUGUUUCGUCCUCAUGAACAAGUUCACUUUCGAAGGGAUGUUGCAGUGCAUCCAAGAAUUCAAAAUUAGUGUCAUUUUCUUGGUACCAGCGAUUGCAGUCCAACUUUUGAAACAGCCAGUAGAGAAAUAUUAUGACCUCAGUUCUUUAAAGAUGAUGAGAUCUGGAGCGGCUGCCAUCAGCAAAGAAACGCUUCUCGCCUUACAGGAGAAGUUUGGCGUUCUUAUUCUGCAACUUUACGGCUUGACUGAAGCGACGCUCUGUACCCACGGCAACACCUUCACGCAUAAUCGUGAUGGAAGUAUCGGUAUCGUCAUGCCCUUCUGCGAGUCCAAGGUUGUGGAUCCAAUAACGGAUGCAUCGUUGGGUCCUAACGAAGAAGGCGAAAUCUGCGUAAGAGGCCCCAUUGUAAUGAAGGGUUACAUUGGUAAUGAAGCCGCUUCUAAGGAGACAGUCGACGCGGAUGGAUGGUUGCAUACGGGUGACGUCGGCUACUAUGACGAAGACGGCUUCUUCUACAUUACAGACCGUAAGAAAGAACUCAUCAAGUACAAAGGUCUCCAAGUGUCUCCAACCGAACUGGAGAAGAUCUUGCUGAGCCAUCCGGACGUGCAAGACGCAGCAGUGGCUCCUAUUCCGGAUGAAACAGCUGGUGAUUUACCUCGAGCUUACAUUAUCAAGCGGCCCGGAUCGACUCUGACGGAGAAGGAGGUUGCCACGUUUAUAGCAGACAAAGUGAGCCCACACAAGCGUCUACGAGGUGGAGUCAUCUUUGUCGAUUCCAUUCCUAAGACGGCCACGGGAAAAAUCAUGCGACGUGAACUGAAAAAUAUCAAAAGCAAAUUAUAGACUUAAGACCUAGUGCUUUUCUCCACAGUUGUGCCUAUUGUCUUACAAAUGACUUAUGCCUUGUAGAAGUUGCUCACAUGAAAAUAUAUCUGUACCCAUGA